GAUUAGCCGCUGAGGGAGUCACUUGGAGGAGCAGUUUGGUGCGGCUGUGCUGAAGAGCUGGAGAGAUGACCAUCGCAGUCUGACUCACUGACUUCUCUGGUUUUGCUGUGACCUUCUGACAACAUGAGUGGAAAUACACACACGACAACAGACACAGAGCACAGUCAGAGGAAGGUCUCAGACAUGGACGCAGCUCAACAGCUCAAGCUUCGAGAGAGACAGCGCUUCUUUGAGGAGGUUUUCCAACAUGACGUGGAUGUUUAUCUGUCGUCGGCCCAUUUGAGCAUCAGAGAUUACAAAAGACCACCGAUUGGCAGCAUCUCGUCUAUGGAGGUGAACGUGGACCUGCUCGACCAGAUGGAGCUGAUCGACAUCUCAGACCAAGACACUUUAGAUGUUUUCUUUAGCUCAGGAGAAGAAACUGUCCUCACUGCCCCGAUCACAGUGCAAAGCAGCAAUAACAAUGAGGAGGUCUUCAACAACGGGCUCUUCCAGCACGUCCUCGAGGGCCUUGAUUCCAAGUCCCGAAUGUCGUCCACGUCUUCGGUGUCCUCGGGGGACAGUCAGAACAUGAACGCCAACGGGAUGCACUCGGCCACAGAGGGCUCCGACGAUGAGGAGCAGAGCGGGACGCUGAAGAGGAGGUCAAAGGUCACAGAGAACAGAGCUCUGUGAGUCACUGCAGAGUCGCAAACUUCAAUGGACUUAAAAAAGUCUGUCCUCAACCUGAGCUGUCUUUUAUUUUUGUAUGUAUUUCACUGAUUAAUGGGUCACAUUGUGUAAAAAGCUGUGCGUUGACUUAAUGUAAAUAAAAUAUUUGACUUGAGUUCUGACAGUUUAAUUCUAGCAGCAGGAUGUUUUUAAAGGAGAAUAUUUUAGGACUUUGUAGUGUCAAUAAAAUACUCACAUGAAUAGAGACGAAUGUGAGAAAGUCAAAAGUUAAAUUUGAGCAAAUUAUUUUACUUAAUAAAAUACAUGAUUGUCAGAUGUUUGAUUAUUUCAACUCUUGAGUUUUUACCAUAAUUUUACAUAUACAUACAUGUAUUAUAUUUGUUUUGACUUGAUGAAAUGUUCCCAAAAUAAUAAUUUAAAAAAUGAUUUACAGUUUUUUUUCAAUCACUUUGGUUUAUUUUCUGAAACUGUAAAUUUGGCAAAUCUUUUGCUCAUUCAACUAUUCACACAAGACACAAAGCAAUUUGUAAUAUUUGAAAAACUAAACUUUAUAAACAAAAUGUCUUGUAAAAAGGACACUUUUAAAAUAUAAAAUAUAAACACAAUCAUCAGAUUUAUAAAAGUAUAUAAGCCUCCUCCAGACUCCAGAGACACUUCAGACGUGUGUGAGGGUCACAGUCUGAAGCUCCAGUGUCUCUGUGUCUGAGGUAAAUCCUGUAAAUAUGUGGAAAAUAUUACACAAUCAUUUAGGAAACAAAAAAGCACAAUUUUCAAAUCUGUGCUUUUUAGGAGGUGGAUAUAAACUGUCUCUGGAUGAAAACCUGGUUCACACAGGUUUUCUCCACAGACGUUUUUAACAUUUUGGUUUGUAGUGUUUUUAUGUCUGUUGAUAAAAUACUUUCACAUUGUGAUUUCUUUGUUCAGUUUUGUCCUUUGAGUCUUUGGUCUGUGCACUUUGGUGAGUGCAGUGUUUAGAUACACUAUCGGACUAUCGAACGUGCAAAGACAGAGUUACAGUUGCAGUGUUUAGACAAGUGAUCGUUGUGUUUUUAGGCUCUGUGAAAAGUGUUUUGUAGUUUUGAUCUGAGUUUUGAUCUGAGUUUUGAUCUGAGUUUUGAUCUGAGUUAACUGUUGAAAUGUGUAUUUAAGGUUGUGCCAACAUGAACUGAGCAUUGACUUGUUGCGUGGUAAGUUUUGAAACUUACCAAAAUUACAUAACUUUUGGAACUUGACUAAAAAACAUUCCUGCUUCAUAAUGUCAGAGUAAAUUGUUGGUUCUGAAGCUUACCCUGGUGAUUCAGCUGAUGAACAAGAACUCACUUUAUCCGCCUCAUCUUCCGUUUCUUCUGAAUAAACAUUGCGUUUUUGUGUGUC